AUGAAAGACCCAUUUCCUUUGCCGCCUAGUGUAUGGCUAUCCGAGAAGAUACAGCCUUUCGCCGACUACUUCGAUCUCCCAACUCUGCCACUGCACGUUCACGAAGUCUUCGCCGCUGCGCUGCUAUACUCCGUCAUCUUCUGGCCAAUCUCGCCAUGGAUCUCAAAUCUGCUAGCUCCGGAUCAUUACUCCAAGCUGUCCCGCAAGCGACGUCUCAACUGGGAUGCUCACGUUGUUUCCAUGGUCCAGAGCUGUUUGAUCAACGCUCUGGCUAUAUGGGUCAUGUUUGCCGACACCGAGAUGGGCAACAUGGCCUGGGAAGAGCGCAUUUGGGGUUAUACUGGGGGCGCUGGCUUUAUCCAGGCCCUUGCUGCUGGAUACUUUCUCUGGGAUCUCGUCGUUACCAGUCUGAACUUCGAUGUCUUUGGCAUUGGAACACUCGCGCAUGCGAUUGCUGCGCUGCUUGUGUACUCACUGGGAUUUCGCCCUUUUCUCAACCACUACGCCUGCGUAUUCAUCCUUUGGGAGCUGUCUACCCCGUUCCUCAAUGUUCAUUGGUUCAUGGAUAAGCUCAACAUGACUGGUACAAAGGCACAGCUGUACAACGGCAUCAUGCUCCUAUUCACAUUCUUCUCCUGCCGGCUUGUGUACGGAACAUAUUCUUCCUUCCGUGUCUACCGCGACGUGUGGGCUGCCAUCAACGUAAACCCUGACACAGAGGCUCUCAUGAUGCCCACUAUGUCGUUCGCUCACCCAGACUCCACAGUACCUCUGUGGAUUGGAGUUGCGUAUCUGGCAAGCAACGUCACGUUGAACAGUCUCAACUUUUACUGGUUCUUCAUGAUGGUUCGCGCUGUCCGAAAGCGCUUCGACCCGGUUUCCGAGCCACAGGAAAAGGUUGAGGAAAGCCCUAUUACCGAGGCCGAGAUUGACUUCUCCUCUGUGGCAACAGGGCCAUCCAAGGCCAGUGGCGGUCGUCGACGAAAGGCUUGA